AUGAAGUAUUGGCCCCACAUGUAUAUGGCUGGCCGCAUGCAGAAGCCUGUAUCUAUCAGUUGGUGGGGAGACACCGCAGAGAGAAGAAAAGAAUUUGACGACGCGUUGGAGACGAAUAGACGUAAUGCACUGCGACUAGCCCUGUUGCUGCUGCCUGAGGAGGUUACACUAGAGUGUCUCCUUAAGGAAAUUGUCUCCCUUUCCUACAGAGGAGACUUUAGGGUACUCUUUGCUGAGGAUCCAAACAAGGCUAAGGCAAUUGUUAAUGGCCAAGGAGACGCCUUGUGCUCAAUUUACCUCCCGCUUUUAUCGGAGAUCCCUUCUGUUCACUUGGAGGUGGAGGGGGGCCCCCUGUGUACUGGGGAGCCCUCUGUUCUUGGGGAGGGCCCGUUGUUACAGAGAGCCCUCCAGAACCCGCAUGCACUAUGGGGGCCCCUACAACUCCGUCGCAUUCGCGUCCGGCAAGACAGAUCACCUGCUGCUCUAGCUGCUCUUUAUGAGCCCCUUCCUCUGUCUCUUCGUCAGAGAGCAGAGGCUGUCUCCCACCAUCCCCUAAGGAGCUUCUCGGGUUUUUUCUGUAGGCCUUUAGAGAGGCCCCGCGGGGGCCCCAUCCCAGCUGGUGGGCAGCCUGUUGUGGGGCCCCCCAGUGCAAACGCCCUGCGACUGGGCCUACAGCAGUUGGUGUUUGGACCCACCCUUAAGUGCAGCCUCAAGAACGCUGUCUCUGCGGGCUUGGGGGCAUCGGUAUUGUAUAGCAUGCAUAAAAUAAGAAAACGCCUAGGUCUAUGA